ACUUGGAUUUAUUUGGCCUUUUUAACACAACAAACUUUAAGUAACACAAUUUCACCCCAAACUAGGCGCUCUGUCGUCAGCUUUCUCCACAAGUUGGCAGCGCUAAUACAUAUCGUUCAGCCGCCACAAUUUGACGAUAACACAAACAAUCGGCGCAAAUCGAAUGAGUCGCGCUUUUGCCAUUAUUAGCUUCAUUCAAUGGCCUCCAUGACAACAAUCGGUUGCUCUGGCAACGACAGCUGCCAAAACAAAAAAAUAUUCCGAAAAUACAAAGUUACGCGUUUCAAAAGUAUGAAAAUUGUAUUCAAAAACUAUACUCAAUUGAUGUACUACUGGCAAAGGUGCUAAAUUGAUGGCGGAAGUGCACAUAAUUGGACAACUACUGAAAGCUGUUGACUUCGACGAGCCACAUUUGUAUUGCAAGUGGAGUUUUCAGAGCGGCAACACCUGGCGCUUGGUGCAGGGCGAGGUGCAGGGUCAGACACACGUUUCCAGCCAUCGCCUGCAGAACAGCUCCGACUUCGCUCAGCCCAUCGAUAUUCACCUGAGCACCGCCUCCCUGCAGGGCUGGCCACGCCUACUCGUCGAAGUGUACGCCGUCAACGUCCUGCAGCAGUGCUGGCCCGUCGGCUACGGCUUUGUCCACCUGCCGGCCAGACCGGGCCCGCAUCGCCUGGAGAUAAACACCUGGAGGAUUGCUCCGAGCACCUGGUGGCAGAGCGUUAAGGAGAAAUUUGGAGGGGGCAGUCCUGCUUUGCAUAAAAACGAUUUACUUUACUCGGGCGUAGAGCGCUACAAACUGCAAACGCGCAGCUCUGGCAAAAUAAUUGUGGAACUCAAUUUAAUAUUUCGCAGAUUUGAGGAAUACGGCGUGGAAUUUAAAUAAAUUAA